GUUUUUUCGAGGUUGGGUGACAAAUCGGAAAUUUUGUGUUGAAUUUGUCGAGGAUUCUCAAGGCGUUUACAGGAAUUACUGGACAUUUACAAAUGACAAACUAAACAUCUCGCAUCCGACCUAGAGAAGGAAGUUUGAUGCACUCUUUUGAUAUGGAUUUCACACCGGACUAACUUACAUUUCUUCAUAGAGUUCAUAUGAUUGUGAUAUGAACAUACUAUAUCAACUUCAAAUUCAACUAAAGCAGUAUUCAUUGAAGGAUAUCUCUAGGUGAACAACACGUAGGACCUUAAAGUUAUAGAUAGACGUCAAGUUAUUAUUAUAUAAUAGAAAGAAAUUGAGAUAAUAUCGGGUAAUAAAUAAAAGUAAACAUGAACAUUCCACCGGAACCACUGACAAAGGAUGUACAGAGGUUUAUACGUUUCACCAAUGAAGACAACGACAUGGAAGUGAUGGAGUUCUAUGAGCGGUAUGGAAGAAAACUACCACUUCUGAUGAUCGUGACCAUUGGGAAUUAUGCAGAUACUGAUUUGGAAACAUUUAGUGGGGAUCAGACGUUCAGACUUGCUCAUAUUUCCCGCCAAAAACGGGUCAUAGCCCGGGAUAUUAAAGGUCGAUACCUGACAAUUCCAGCCAACUUUCCCAUGAAAUUUCGUACCGUUAGAGGUCGUAAAAAUGUUGGUGAUGUACAAACGCUGGCACGUAUCCUGGAAGACAACGAACUACCAUGCAUAGUUCAGUUUGCUGCCAGUGCAAAGGCCGAGUUCAAAAUUGGUGCCAACAAUACUAAGUGUUUUAAUUUUGGAAACAUUGUUUUAACCGAGAUCUAUGAUGAGAAAUAUUUCUUGGCCAACUGCGUCGAUAGUGCAGGAAUGAUGUUGGAAAGAGUUGUCUUGGUUCCACUGUAUGUCAAAGAAAUCAGCGUUGCAGCAGUAAAUGGAAUUAUGAACGGGGACGAACAGGAUUUCAAGAACUUUCAGAUUGGCCUUAAUAAAGCAGCUGAAAAAUUCCAUUUCGACUUAGAAUCGGGAAAUAAUGAUAUAGCUAUGCUUCCAGAAGACUGUGAGAUGAUCACAUCAAAUAACAUCUACGACUAUAUCGACCCCAAAAGCUUCGUGGAUAUCAAGAGACGACAGUCAUCGACCUCAAGUGCCUCUGAUAAUGUUGAUGUAUCUCAACCCGACGAAAAGCCCGCGUUACCACCGAGACAAACUGUAAGGAAGACAAGUUCAACCCCCCUCAGCCCAAAGUCGCCAGUAUCUGGUGGAAAAUCUAAAACUAAGUGCGAUUCAGAACCAGAUGAAGCUUUCUUUUCGGGUGGGAGCAUUUUUCAAAAUCCAGAUAUGCAUCACCGACCUAGACAAGGUCAAUUUAGUGGGGAUGAGAUGUCCAUAUCCGGCGGAAGCAUUGGUAGUUUCUGUCCUACUGACUUUGUUCUGGAGUUCUGCAUCAGCGACAUCAGUGAGGCACUUACAAAAUUACACUUGGACAAGUACGUAAAGCCGCUGAAGGAAGCACAAAUAGAUGGGCCACUUUUAUUGACUUUAGACGAGCCUACUUUAGUGGAAGAUUUCAAAAUGAAGACCUAUGAAGCUAAAAAGUUGCUGUUGUUCGCCAAGACAGGUCACAUUCCCAAGUAACUCUUUGGUUGCUUGGUCUUUUCAUUUGCAUUGUGAUGCAUCUAAAGCAUGUGAUUGAAUUUUUUGGCGAUCUUUAAUAAGUCAUCUUUCUAAUAGCUUCAGGUCGACUCACCUGUAAACGGAUAGAGAUAAUCCAGAAGAGAUCACUACAAAAACGUUUGGAAAAGGAACGAUAGUUUUAAGGUGGACAGAGGAAACUUGCAAAAUACUGAUGUUUCUUUCUAUUUCAAUCUCUUGUCAAUUUCUUGACGGACGAAAGUCCUUCUUCUGUGUUGAUACAAAUUGCCAAAAUCAUUUUCAUAAUGUACAUAUUAUUCGCUGUGUAUUAUAGAUAAAAGCUUGUUUGCUUGAAUACAUGAUUUCACCAAA